AUGAGGCUCAUCUCACUCGCCACUGCUUUUGCUGUCGUGGCAGAACUCCUGCCGAUUGUCGCUGCCGACUUUGAUGUCUAUGACAUGGGACUCGGAGGCGGUGGUAUCGUGGCAAACUUCUGGGGCUGGCAAGUAUAUGACGGUCUUGCAACAUGUGAUAACGACAUGGGCUGGGUCUGGCCGCCGCGAACCGACGCUAGUGGAAACAAAGCUGGAGUCCUCUGCAAGGGGACAGGCGAUGCCUGUCCAUUUCGUGGCGAUGGUGACCCAUAUAAUAUCGAGCAGUUAGGGCUCAAUUUCGGGAACAGGGGUGCACGCCACUGGAGUAAGUAUUCACCAGGCUAA